UUUCUGAUUGGAAGCAAAUACAGAACAACCCCGCCUGAACUCCAGUUAAAAAUGAGCUGCCAGUGAAGAUGAUGUGGAGGUGUAAAGCUGAGUUUUGAAAGUACUGUGGGCUUCAGGCAAGCUCCCAGGGGAGUUACUGUGAGCCCAGGCUGAUGAGGUGAAUGAGGGUUGGACUCACUAAUAUUUGCAUCCUUCUUUCCAUGGAUUGCUGAAGCUCUGAAGAGGAUGAGUAACAAAAGCUAAUCAGAGUUCUGACAGAAAUGGUUUUUCCCUGGAAUUUCUCCUGGAAUUUCACUGUCAUUGAUAGAUCCGCAGAGGACAUCCAGAUUUAGACAACUGUGCAAACUUAGAGGAGAUAAACAUGUUUUGUCACAUCUUUCUUACACAUUCUAAGGUGUUAAACAUAUAACUUGUUUUUGAAUAUGCAUCAUGUAAGAUACAUGUUUUGUUCAGCAUACAGAGCCAUUCACCAGUCACUUCAGAUUCCAAGAGUGGGGUAGUUGCUACUCAUGACAGCAUGUACAGCAAGGAUCAAAGGUACAGAAGCAAAAUGUUUAUUUUACAAUCAGCACAUUAUAUUUCUUAAUCACUAUGGAAACCCUGAUGGAUGUACCAAUGCGUUUUUAUCAGCUGGUGUACAUCAGCAUUCUGUCUACGGUUUGUUGGAGCUUGUCUGAAGGAUCUCCAGGAGGGCCACCUCACAGUCUACAAAUGGAAUCAUGCAAUUUUCAGCACAUUUUAUCCUGGCAGGCAAAAAGUGAUCCAUCUGUGCCAACAUUCUAUCGUGUGCUGUACUCUGACGAGAGGCAAGUCUUGAACUGGAAUACUGCUAAACAAUGUUCAAAUAUUACACAACUCUCCUGUAAUCUGACAGAUGAUUUUAAAGAGAUUUUCACUGAGUAUUCUGCAUUGAUUCAGCGCUUCAUAGGAAAUGAAGUAUUAAAUUCUUCUAUACUUCGUUUUGUGCCACUUACUGACACAUUCCUGGGACCACCCGAAGUUAAUAUCAGUUCCUGUCUAAACUGCAUAAAUGUCACCAUAAAGAUGCCAACCUCUCACUUCAGAGCAAAUGGAAAGUUACUGCCUUUAACUGAUAUAUAUGAAAAUCUUUAUUACGGUAUAACACUGAAAACACUUGAUGGAGAGCAUAAGAGGCCACAUGAGAAAACUACUCAAGAAAUUUUUAGUACUGUCAUUGAAGAUUUGUAUCCAAAUAGAAAUUACUGUGUGUCUGUUAUGGUCACUGCGUUUCUAAAGAAAUAUGGCAUCCCAUCAGCCUGGAAAUGUGUAACUACAGACUCUGUAGCUAAACAAGAUUAUCAUAUAGUUGCAAUCGCAGGUGCUGUAUGUUUUUCACUGAUGUUAGCUGGUGCCCUGAAGUUUAUGCAUGCAGGAGGUUAUAUUCUUCAAAAGAAAUCAAUUCCACAUACCUUGGUAUUCUUCGGGACAUUAGCCUAUUCACCUUGGACAUUUGAAUCUGAAGAAAUAUCCUCUAUAGAGAUCAUUUACAAAGAGGUCAAAAAAAGAGCAAAUGAAUCCAGGGGUGGUGUCAGUGAUGAAGAUGACAGUGAUGACAGUGACAACGAUGCCAUAAGUAAUCAUGACUAUACAAGGCGUGAGAUCAUAAGUAGAGUACCUCAUUCCUCUGAUGUGCCAAAUGUAUUCAUGCAGUACUCUCUAAAUGGUACAUGUGAUGACAGCAGCAGCCAGACAAGUGAAAAUCCAGAUGCUGAGCCGGAAGAUUCUGAAGAGCUUGAAAUGGACAUGGAAGAAGACAAAGACAUGGGUAGUGGGUUACUUAAUCCUUUCUCUGAGGUAAAUUAUAACUAUUCUUCUAGGCAAAGGAACAGUGCUUGCUUUACCAUUAACUUAAAAACUGUGCUGUUGGGAACCUCUGAAGAGAAUGUGAAUAGUUCUGCAGCUCUUCUUUCUUCCCAAGAAGAUGCAAUUGACUGGCAAUGUACUCGUGCUUUUGAAGGAAAACUCCUGGAUGACACAGAAAGUGUGCAGGAAACACAUUGUCAUAACAGCUCUCAUGAAUGGCAAAAUUCCUCUCAUUCUUCUGAUGAACAUGACUCAUCAGAUUCAGAUAUGGACCAAAAAAACGAAUACAUAAGAAGAUAAGUGAGAACCACUAUUGUUUUAUAACAUACAGAUAGAUAUUGUCAGUUUUUAUUUCUGUAUUCAACAUACAAAUCUUGUCUUUUUGUUAACAUUCUGUGAGUGUAUGCCUGAAUAUUUCUCUGAUCUCUCCAGGUUGUUCCAGGUAUGGUUCAGGUUUGAUUAUCCACAGAGGAACAAAAAUGACUCUUCAGAUGCAAAAGAAAGAGUAGAUAUUUCAUUUUGACAGUGGGUCAUACCUUUUAGCUGUUACAAGUGAAAAGGUAGUUUGCAGUACAGGGAGCUCUGAGUGUCUUGUCUCUCAACUAGACCACUUUUUUAAUUUUCUUUUUUUAUUCUUUAACUCUGUUGAUAGAUUACUCUGAAACCUGUUUUGCUGGAUGGAUUGCUGUAUUUAAGUCAGUGAGCUGAUUUCUACAUUUGUGCAGAGAAAGCUGAUCAAGUGAAAUAAUGGGGGCAGAGAUAAGAAUAUACAGCUUACGGAAGAGUUCCUCUUACUGUGAAUCAAGGCAUUAAAUACAGCUUUUUAUAUUUUUUUCAUAUAA